AUGCCAUCACCUGACUCUACGCCAACCGAAAGUCCACCCCCUCAUUCCUCGACUGCGCCCGGGAAUCCAGCAGCGAGCAGCGGCCAGAAACGCGCCGCUCCGCCUCCCGAAGGCCCAGCGAGAAAAGUCGUAACGGUCGAACAGCCUCGCGAUCCGCGAGAUGUCGACAUCACGAAGAUACUCAAUUCCCUGCCCAAAUACUCGCCCACUCGUGCUACCCUCGAACACGCCCUAGAGGCCUUCUCCCUGGUGGCGAACGACAUGGCUCUAGCACAAACACCCUCUGGCUGGGCCACGGUCUGCACUCACCUCGCGAGUGCACCGGUGGUAGCUGCCCAGCACCUCCAACCGGGCGACGAGAUUGAAGAUACGCAGGCCGUUAAUCACGUCCGAGACGCGCUCCAGGAGGCAGCCCGCUCCCUUCAGGGCGACGUCACCAUGGAAGACGAACCCCGAGAGACCACCCCCGCCCCUCCGAACGUAGCCCCGAUCGCCGACCCCACGACUCGGGACGUACUUCUCCUGAUUCAGAAGCAGUGCUCUGCUCUGAACUCACGGCUGGCGCGUCUCGAGAAGCAAACAACACAACGCACCGCUCCCCAACGCGCGUCCGCUCCCACACCUCCCACACCGGAAAACGCGUCGCCCACCUACGCCAACGCAGUUCGCGAAGCGCCCAAGCCCAACUCCUCAUCACAAACCCAGUCCCAG